GAAGGAAAAUUAUUUAGUAUUAGCAAAUGGUGCGAGUGGCAGCACAGUGGAGCAUAUUCAUUGAUUCAAUUAUUGUUAAUGGAAGUCUCAAUUUUUAUUCUAAAAAUCACUUAUCUGUGUCAUCUCAGCUCAUCUCCGAACCCUAACAACCCUUACAAUGGCCAAUCACAACCAUAAAGUUCACACCUUGAAUGGCGACCGCUGCAACUCCACCACCAUCGUAACCAAAAAGCCUAAACUUUCUUCCCCAAUUCAUAUCACAGACUCUGAAAUUCAGUCGGAAUUCUCCCACCACGACCCCGACGUCGCCCGCAUCAACAAUGGCAGCUUCGGCAGCUGUCCACAGUCUGUCAUUUCCGCCCAAAGAUCACUGCAACUCCUUUUCCUCCGCCAGCCCGACGAGUUUUACUUCAACCACCUCAAGCCCGGUAUCCUCCGCUCCCGAUCCAUCGUUAAAUCCCUAAUCAACGCUGACCAUGUUGAUGAAGUCUCCCUUGUCGAUAACGCAACAACCGCCGCUGCUAUUGUUUUGCAGAAAAUAGCUAGGGACUUUUCUGAAGGCAGAUUCAAUAAAGGGGAUGGUGUCGUUAUGCUUCACUAUGCGUACGGUUCUGUGAAAAAGUCCGUUGAAGCUUACGUCAAGCGCGCUGGUGGACAUGUGAUCGAAGUUCAGUUGCCGUUUCCGGUGAAAUCGAGGGAGGAAAUUGUAACUGAAUUUCGAAAGGCUUUGGAGAGAGGGAAAGAGAAUGGGAGGAAAGUGAGAUUAGCUGUAAUUGAUCACGUGACUUCCAUGCCUAGUGUGGUGAUUCCCGUUAAAGAUUUGGUUAAGAUUUGUAGAGAGGAAUUUGUAGACCAGGUUUUCGUUGACGCAGCUCAUGGAAUCGGAUGUGUUGAUGUUGACAUGAAAGAAAUUGGGGCUGACUUUUAUACUAGUAAUUUGCAUAAAUGGUUUUUUUGCCCAGCUUCUGUUGCUUUUUUGUAUUGCAGAAAGUGGAGUAAUAAAGGAGAUGAUGAUUUGCAUCAUCCAGUGGUUUCUUACGAGUAUGGUAAUGGAUUGGCUAUGGAGAGUGCUUGGAUUGGAAAUAGAGACUAUAGCGCUCAAUUAGUAGUUCCUUCAGUUUUGGAAUUCAUCAAUAGAUUUCCAGGUGGGAUUGAAGAAAUCAAGAAAAGGAAUCAUGAGAGAGUGGUGGACAUGGGAGAGAUGUUGGUCAAAGCUUGGGGGACUCAUCUUGGUUGCCCACCUGAGAUGUGUGGGAGUAUGAUCAUGGUUGGAUUACCUGCUUGUUUGGGGAUUUUGAGUGAAUCAGAUGCUUUGAAUUUAAGGACCCAUUUGAGGGAUAAGUUUGGGAUUGAAGUUCCAAUUUAUUUUAGGGAUCCAAAAGAUGGAGAGGUUAGUCCUAUUACUGGGUACGCUAGGAUUUCUUAUCAGGUCUACAACAAAGUUGAGGAUUAUUACAAGUUCAGGGAUAAGAUUAAGGAACUUGUUAGUGAUGGCUUCACUUGCGCAUGUCUCCCUCCCUAAUUGAAGAGUUCAGUGGGAGAUACUAGAAGUAUUCCAACGAAUAACAGCCAUUGUCGCUGGCCAGUGGUCAUGGUUUCGGUACCAUGAACCUCUCUGUCUCCUUCGCCUGUGGUCAUGGUUUUGGUACCAUGAACCCCAAACCUCUCUCUAUCGCCUUCGCCUGCAUCAAAACUGCAGCGUUUCCUUUUUGAGUUUUAUCAACUUGUCUGUUGUACCCGAAAGCAAUGUUGUAAAUGUAUUAGCUUCCAUUUUUAACUUAUGAAGAAUUAAAACUGUGUAAAUAAAAUGACUUCUCUCAUUUAUAGGCAGGAGAAUUUUGCCUAACUAUGGCUUUUCUUGUAUGCCUCUUUUUUGUGCUACAAAUGCUGUUCUCAUUGGAUCA